GCUCGGUAGCCGCGCAGUCUGGGCUGACACGCCCCUUUUUCCUCCGAGCCAAUCGUUGGCCGGAGUGGGCGGAGCCGCGCCUCGUCACCGGCGUGAUAAGAGGCGGCGGUGGAGACGCGGAAGCAGCGAUGCGGGAGCUGCGGCCUUGGCAAUGGGCGGUACGGGCAGCGCGGCACCUGCUGCUGCUGCUGCUGUCGGUGCUGUUCCUCGGGGAGGCUGGAUCGACGCUCCGGACUCAGCCUCCGCGGCGCUACACACCCGACUGGCAGAGCCUGGACUCCCGGCCGCUGCCAGCCUGGUUCGACGAGGCCAAGUUCGGGGUGUUUGUGCACUGGGGCGUGUUCUCGGUGCCCGCCUGGGGUAGCGAGUGGUUCUGGUGGCACUGGCAGGGCGAGAGGCUGCCCCGGUACGAGCUCUUUGUGCACGAGAACUACCCGCCCGGCUUCAGCUACGCCGACUUCGGGCCACAGUUCACGGCGCGCUUCUUCCACCCGGACCAGUGGGCCGACCUCUUCCAGGCAGCCGGGGCCAAGUACGUGGUCCUGACCACAAAGCACCACGAAGGCUUCACGAACUGGCCGAGCCCUGUGUCUUGGAACUGGAACUCUCAGGACCUGGGUCCUCACCGUGACUUGGUUGGUGAGUUGGGCACAGCUGUCCGCAAGAGGAACUUACGCUAUGGGCUCUACCACUCGCUCCUAGAGUGGUUCCAUCCCCUCUACCUGCUUGAUAAGAAAAAUGGCUUCAAAACACAGAAUUUUGUCAGCGCAAAAACAAUGCCAGAGCUGUACGACCUCGUUACCAGAUACAAGCCUGAUCUGAUCUGGUCCGACGGGGAGUGGGAAAGCCCUGACACGUACUGGAAUUCCACGGAGUUUCUCUCCUGGCUCUACAACGAUAGCCCCGUCAAGGACAAGGUGGUGGUAAAUGACCGGUGGGGCCAGAACUGUCCCUGUCACCACGGAGGGUACUACAACUGUCAAGACAAAUUCAAGCCAGAGAGCUUGCCGGAUCACAAGUGGGAGAUGUGCACGAGCAUCGACAAGAUGUCCUGGGGCUACCGCCGCGACAUGACCGUCAGCCACAUUAUGAACGAGUCUGAGAUCAUCUCGGAACUGGUUCAGACGGUAAGUCUGGGGGGCAAUUACCUCCUGAACAUCGGACCCACUAAAGAUGGACUGAUCAUGCCCAUCUUCCAAGAAAGGCUUCUCGCUGUUGGGAAGUGGCUGAGCAUCAGUGGGGAGGCCAUCUACGCCUCCAGACCGUGGAGGGUGCAGAAGGAGAACAACACAAAAGCUGUGUGGUACACCUCAAAAGGACUAGCAGUUUAUGCCAUUUUUAUGCAUUGGCCAGAAAAUGGAGUCUUGACUCUUGAGGCCCCCAUAACCACCUCCACGACAAAGGUAACGAUGCUCGGAGUCCAAGGACCGCUAAAGUGGACCGUAGGUCUGAAAGGAGGCCUCCUCGUCUCUCUGCCCCGGUGGGCCCCCUCUGCUCUCCCGGUGGAGUUUGCCUGGACUGUGAAGCUGACGGGAGUGAAGUAGCCAUCGGAGGUGAAGGGGAGAAGAACACCUCUGCCGUACGCUGCUCUCGUUUUCCUCUUUCAGAACCAUCACUGUAAUAAACUAACUUCUCUUCCCUACUCAGGGGUGGCUUUUCCAACACACUGACAUCAAAGGGACUUAGUGCCAUCCACCGAGGUCUUGCUGGGUCAGAGAUCCGAGGUCACCGGUAGCCUGUCCUUCCCUGUGAAAGGAGGGACUGAGCUCACCCAUUCCUGUAUUCAGGAAGCACCUGCAGGAGAAACUGCCAUCCGGAGUUGAUAACUACUGCUUAUCAGGACUUUAAAACAUAAGCCCAAGCACCUGCUGCCUGCCGGGGGAGGUGGGAAGGUUUGGCAAGCUGGUGUGGUUUCUCACCAAAGCUUCUCCCACAAAGGGCCGAGAGCCUGGAGGAGAGGGAACUGACCAGCUAGCCAGUGAAGGGUCAGCACCUCAGAAGUCCCCAGGCAAACUGAGAGCUCUGAAAUUCACUCUGUUUACAGCGGAACUAUUAAGACAAUGUGACUCUUCCCUGGCUUUUAAACAGUGAUCAAAAAUAAAUGUGUAUGUCAAAUGAUUUCUAACAAAAAA